UGUUUGAGAGAGACAGAGAAAGAGAGAGUAUGGAGAAAAGAAUUACUCUAAGGCUUUUGUUUGUGAUAGCUUUGCUUGUUUUAAGCAGUGUGGAUGUAGAAGCUAAAGCUAGAAAAAUUACAUCAGAAGUCAAUAGAAAAUUGAAGCUUCUUAAUAAGCCAGCAAUCAAGAGUAUUAAGAGUGAAGAUGGAGAUAUUAUCAAUUGUGUUGACAUCUACAAGCAACCUGCUUUUGAUCAUCCUGCAUUAAAGAACCAUAAAAUUGAGAUGAGACCAAGUAUUAGUUUUCCAUCUGACACUACUACAGCUGCUAAAAACGAGUCAUCCCAACGAGUUCUAUCGCAAAUUUGGCAUAAAAGUGGAAGUUGUCCAAAGGGAACCAUUCCCAUUCGCAGAAUUACGAGGAAAGAAUUAUUGAGGGCAGCCUCCAUCGAACACUUUGGAAGGGAAGGCCCACGGUCUUCUUUUGUUGCAAACACAACAAAUAACAAAAGUAGUUAUUUUGUAUAUCGUAACAAUGGCACAAAAGUCAACGUCUUUCCUUUACCCAACCACUCGACUGCAUAUCUUAUUACAUUGGGAUAUAGUUAUAUUGGUGCUAGAGGAAAUAUAAAUAUCUGGAAUCCAAGAGUUCAAUCGCCCAAUGAAUACACUACUGCUCAAAUUUGGCUUAAAAGUGGCCCUGGAGAUAGUUUUGAAAGUAUUGAAGCAGGAUGGAUGGUCAACCCAAAGUUAUUCAGUGAUACACAACCUCGAGUAUUUAUACGAUGGACUUUGGAUUCCUAUCAGAAGACAGGCUGCAUUAACCUCAUUUGCUCUGGAUUUGUACAAACUAGCCAAGAGAUUGGAUUAGGUUCAGCUAUUCAACCUACAUCACAAAGAUGGGGAGACCAAUAUGAGGUCGACAUCCAAAUUAACAUGGAUCCAAAUAUGAGAAGAUGGUGGCUAAAAUUUGGAGACGAUGUGAUAGGGUAUUGGCCCUUCGAAAUCCUAACAUAUAUGCAACAGAAAGCCGUAUUAGUUCAAUGGGGAGGGGAUGUUUAUAGCAAAAACGUGAAGGGAGUGAAACCCCACACUACAACAGCCAUGGGGAGUGGAGAUCAUGCAUCUGCUUUGUUGGGAGCAGCUUGUUACAUUAAUAAGCUUAGAAUCUUGGAUUAUUCUCUCCAAUUGAAGUACCCUGAAUGGGCCGCAUAUCUUAUUACAAUGGGAUAUAGUUAUAUUGGUGCUAGAGGAAAUAUAAAUGUCUGGAGUCCAAGAGUUGAAUUGCCAAAUGACUACACUACUGGUCAAAUUUGGCUUAAAAAUGGUCCUGGCAACAGUUUUGAAAGUAUUGAAGUAGGCUGGAUGGUCAACCAAAAGUUAUUGUGUGAUACACAACCUCGAUUUUUUGUACGAUGGACUGAAGCUAAUAAUAACCCACCAUACCCAAAACUCACAUCACAGCACCUAGCUUCGUAUCUCUACGUUGAAGGCCAACAGGCAUGGACCCAAACUAGUCAAGCCUUGCAUCAUGGGGGUCGAGUUUUUGAGGGUAUGAUGGAAAGAGAUGUGGUUUCUUGGAGCUCUAUGGUCGAUGGGCAUUGCAAAGGGGAAAUGAUAGGUGAUGCUAGAAAUUUGUUUGAUAUCAUGCCAGAGAGGAAUGUAGUUACUUGGACGGCAAUGAUUGAUGGGUAUAUGAGGUUGGAGAGUUUCAAAGAUGGAUUUGAAUUAUUAUUUACAAGGUUGUCAAAAUCGAGAUUCUACGCAGGAUCAUAG